AUGGUCGAGUUGGAGUGCCGGAAAUGGAUAGACAAAGGAGUGAAUGUGAAAUAUGAGACUAGGAACAACAGGAAUGGCUACAAGGCUGGUGCUCUUCGGGAAGGUUUACAGAAGCAAUAUGUUGAAGAUUGUGAGUUUGUAGCAAUCUUCGAUGCAGAUUUUCAGCCAGAGGAGAAUUUUCUUUGGAGGACCAUUCCUUUCCUGCUAGAGAAUCCAGGGUUGGGCUUGGUUCAGGCUAGAUGGAAAUUUGGUACUGCUGGUGUUUGGCGGAUUCAAGCAAUAAAUGACGCUGGCGGAUGGAAAGAUCGAACCACAGUGGAAGACAUGGAUCUUGCAGUCAGGGCUAGCCUUAAGGGUUGGAAAUUUCUCUUCGUGGGGGAUUUAUCCGUGAAAAAUGAACUGCCCAGUACCUUCAAGGCAUAUCGAUAUCAGCAGCAUCGCUGGUCUUGUGGCCCAGCUAACCUUUUCAGGAAAAUGACCAAGGAAAUCAUUCUCUGCGAGAAGGUAUCAACCUGGAAGAAAUUGCAUGUCAUCUACGCAUUCUUCUUUGUGAGGAAGAUAAUUGCGCACUGGGUCACUUUCUUCUUUUACUGUGUGGUUAUCCCAUUAAGCGUUUUAGUUCCUGAAGUCGCUCUCCCAAAGCCGAUAGCCAUUUAUAUUCCAGCAACCAUUACAUUUCUAAACGCAGUCUGCACUCCCAGGUCUUUGCAUCUGGUUGUCUUUUGGAUCCUGUUUGAGAAUGUCAUGUCACUCCAUCGAACUAAGGCGGCAAUUAUAGGACUUCUAGAAGCCAAUCGUGUCAAUGAAUGGGUUGUGACUGAGAAGCUAGGCAACCUAAUGAAACAAAAGAAUGCCAAAGCAUCAAAGAAAUCACGAUCUCGAGUAGGAGAAAGGAUCCAUUUAUUGGAGCUGAUAAUGGGGAUGUUUAUGCUGCACUGUGCAAUCUAUAAUCUCCUAUUUAGAGAAGACCAUUUCUUCAUAUAUCUCAUACUGCAAGCUGGAGCUUUCUUCAUAAUGGGAUUUGGAUACGUGGGGACAUUUGUAUCCAACUAG